AUGAAGCGACAAUUGUCGUGGACUAUCAAGAGGCGCAUAUCCCGACCCGAAAUCCCACAGGAGGAGCAUCUGCCCACUGCGGAAUUUUUGGAAGCACCUCGUAAAACCCGUUUGGAUCGGUUGGAGGGGAGUGGAAAUGGCGAAGGGGGCACGCAAGGGGAGAUGAUGGGUGAGGUCCUCAGCCCCCUGUUGUGGAACCCGCACCACCUCAUCUUCAGAGCACAAAGCCUAGUGUGUGGUAUUCUCGAGCUGCAAACAUCCCCAAUUCGCCUCGAUACUGUGCAGGACAAACUCCUCCUUAGGAGGAAGUCUGAACUUAUAAUGCAAGAGCUGACGCCUCAAAGCUACGCCUUGGGAAUGUGUGUACGUAAGGGUGGACAACAGGAGGACACUGCUUCAUCCCAACUCCAAUUACGUGAUCAUGUGCCACAGGGCUCGCCUUUAACUUUGGGUGUUUUCCCCAAGUGUUUAGUAACUUAUCAUCGACUUCGACCACUCGAAUCUAUUCAAGUCGCCAUCGAGCCUGUAUCGGAGAUCUCACCGUGGUCCCUCAUGAAGGAACAGAGGCACUUGACCUUCUUGCAAUUCAAAGUCUCCGAAUUUUUGCAUCAGGAAGUUGAGUCAGUGGAUAGUCUAGAGCUUUCCUCCAUCUACACUCUCCCUGAGUUCGCCUUGGAGACCAGUGCAACUAAUCUUCUGGGUCAAUGGGAGGAGGAGGAGGAGGAGGAGGAGGAGGAGGAGGAGGAGGAGGAGGAGGAGGAGGAGGAGGAGGAGGAAAUGCCGCAGUGUCGCACUGACCAUCACAUGUUGCCUUAA